UUCUUCAGUCCAAACGCAACUGGCUUGCGGUACGUGUCUCCUCCACUGGAUUUUUUUUCCGGCACGCAAAUAGCGUCGUUCCGCCCCGCCCGUUUAUACGUCUGCGUGCACACCGUGCGUUCUGGAUACUGCGCGGCGACGUCUCUCCUUCAAACCAGAUCCAAGUCGAAUGGAAUCAACUUCCUCCGGAGGCGAAAUCAGGGCCCAAGCAGAUACAGUGAACAAAUGAUGGGCUGUCCCGGCCAGGAGCAAGUGAUGCCCUAUUCGAUGACCCGGUCAAGCUUCCGAUGAGACCCUUUAAUCUCGACGUUACAUUCAGGAGCGGACGUUGGUGAUGUUGACGAGCUGCCCCAGGUGUCAGCACACUUUCCGGUCGCCAUGCUGCGGUGGAGGUUCACCAGAAGCGUCUCCGUCCCUCCCGUUGACGUUCAUCCUCCCUUCGCCGCCUAUCAGCGCCAAGCCGACUACCAAGGCGGACCUGAGCCAGCCGUCGGACCUCGACCUGAAGAGGAUCUCCGCGACGAUGAAGCGCCUCAAGGCGUCCGGAUGGUUCUACGAGGGCAUCACUUGGCAGGAGUCUAUGAGCAUCCUCGCUUCAACCAAACCGGGCACCUUCCUCGUGAGGGAGUCUUCCGACCCGAGGUACCUCUUCUCCCUUAGCGUCCAAGGGCUCAAGGGCCCCGUGAGCGUGAGGAUACACUACGUGAACGGCUACUUCAGGCUGGACGCCGAACCGGCCCUCGGCCCCGUCAUCCCCUUCUUCGACUGCGUCGUCAAGCUGGUCGAAUACUACAUUUACACCUCCAACAACUCCAGGAGCUGCAACACGGAGCACGUCUUCGUCGACUGGACAGGCCACAAUUACUCCCACAUCCUCCUGAGAAAGCCGCUUUACCAAAGGACCAAGUUUCCGAGCUUAAAGCACCUCGCGAGACUCAGAAUAAACUCGUUACUUAAAAUCGGUGAUACAGUUCCUAACCUCGACAUACCAGUGACACUGAAGGAUUAUCUACAAGAAUACCCUUACACGCACUGAGUCACAUCACUUUUCUUCUCAAAUACUCAUUUCUUUUGUAAGUGUAACAAUUUUCACCUUAUUGAAUAGUCUCUCAUUGUUUAAUUUAACAUUUAAAAAGCCUAGGAUUGUAUUGUAUACUGUACACGUCCCAAAUUUAUAGUUACAUAUUUACACCUAACUUUUCCAAGGAUUUCUUUUCAUUUUCUUACACGCUUCGAACCUACUAUUUGAGGCGUGAAAGAAACACCUCAAAACAGCGGACCGAGUGGACUGAUUUAUGUUUGAAAAAUAAAGUUUAAGAUUUUACAAUCAUAUUAGAAAAAUAAAUAAUACAUGAAAAUUUGAUAAAUUUUAAGACGGAAAAAAUCGCUAUAAAGACUGCCAAUCUUUCUGACAAAACUAAUUAUAUGAAACAACGUAUAGAUAGAACACUUUGUCAAUUAUUAAAUUUUUAUUUAUAAAAAUUAAAUUAAUAUAUUUUGAGGCGCAAUUAUUGUCCUAGUUAUCAAGUUUCUGCUGGGUACAAGGAGUCCUGUUGUCAUUUCGAUUUUUGUGGGUCUCUGUUAUCGUACGUGCGGUUUUUUCAAUUUUGAUGCCGUUUGUGGUGGUUUUUUAUCGUAUUUUGUCACUGAUUAUCAAAAUGUGUUUUAAACUAUUUUCUUUGUGGAAUAAAUUUCAGAGGAUUAUUUGAAUUAUCGGAAACACCAAGCUUUAGACAGUCUCGACUCAUAUUAAGCGAUUUUUAUUUCCUUUCAAUUUAUUUAUUCUUCUCCGAUAAUUUGUAAUUUUUAAACAAAAUACAUAAAAUUUAUUUGGAACUUUAAACAAUCGGUCAUUUAUCGUAAUAAUUUUUCCUUUUUUCCUCUCUUUUUGAUAGAUUUAACAGCAUAAAAUGGAGAAAACGGGUAUGAAUUUAUAAUUUAGCGUAGAUUUGCUUUAGUGAUAUUAGCAAGGACAAAACAGUGCCGCUCUAACAUAUAAAUUUGUUAAAAAUGAUUUGAUUGUUGAAAAUUGAACUCUGGUAGAAAUUUCAAUAGAUUUUUGCAUAAGUCCGCGGAGCUUUAGUGUUGUAUAAAUACGUUACCCCCCCCCCCCAAUUUUCCUAUUUGUGCAAAUUCCAAAGAUAGUUGUUAAAAAAUUUUAUACCGCCUCGAAACUGCCGGCAGGAUUUAUUCAUCCGUUGAAUUUUGGCAGAUUUCACAUUAAAAUGAGAAAUCAAAUCUUUCAUGUUUACCGCAUGAAUUAAGGAUACAAAAAGUGUAAAUAAUACAUGAGAUGGAAAGGAAAAAAACGUUGUAAAUUUUGUCAAACUAUUUAAAUAGUGCGUUUCAUGAAAUAUGAAAAAUUGUUUGUAAAUUUGUCUGUAAACGUUGUAAUUUUGCUAUCGUAAAAACCCUUUAUUACUUCGAAUCAUGUAUUAUAGCUAUAUUUAACUGUAGUAUUUAUUAUUGUAUAUUGUAAAUUAUAUAUAAACAAAAGAAGAAGACAUU